CCACUAAUAAAAAUGCACAUUAACACAACCAUUUGUAUUUGGGGCUGGUGAAAAUGUUCAUCAGAAAGCCCUCAUUUUGUGAAACAAUGAUUAUCAAAAUAUUUACUUUAACCAUCAUUAAGUAGACUGAAAGCCUAAUAAUGUGACCUGGUAAAAAGAAUGUUUAAGUGUCUAUGGUUAUUUUUGUUAACCACAGUGAGUUACACUAGUGAGUAAUUUUUGCACAAACUGCUUAUUUCGAGAUCAAUAACAGUCUCUGACAUUGUAUUGGCAUCUCUUACAAUUCAUGACUACAUUGUGCAAAAUCAUGUAAUUUUUUUUUGUAUAUGCGAAAGACUGUUGGACAAACCAUGUAUUCAGUGUUUGUCUCUUACAAAUUUAUUUUUUAAAAUGUUUUAUUAUUUGUGUAGGUGGCGCAUAGUUAUCCAUGGUGGCAUUGAUGGCUUCAGCAGACUUGGUUAUCUUGGUGCAUCCACAAACAACAGGGCUGAGACUGUCUUAAAUCUGUUCAAACAUGCUGUCAGAAACUACGGAAUUCCAUCUCGUGUGCGGAGUGACAAAGGAGGUGAAAACAGAGAUGUUGCUACUUUCAUGGUGCACCAUAGAGGAACCAAUCGAAACUCUCACAUUGCGGGACGCAGUGUCCAUAACCAAAGAAUUGAGAGGCUGUGGCGAGAUGUUUACAUCUGUGUGUUGGAUGUUUUCCAUUCCAUCUUCUCAUGUUUGGAAAGCAUGGGUUUGCUACAUCCAGACAACGAGCUCCACCUGUAUGCUCUCCACUGGGUCUUCAUACCUGUGAUCCAGUCCCAUCUCGACUUCUUUGUCCAGGGAUGGAACAACCACAGCAUCAGAACUGCCAGGAAUAUGUCUUCCCUGCAAAUGUGGCAUGUAUUCAGGAACAGUGAAGAUCUCAUGCAGGUCAGUGAACAAUAUGGGACUGACUGGAGUGGACCAAGUGCAGCAGGGGUGGACACUCAUCUUGACAUUCCAGAGAUUGAGCUUCCAUGGCAGCUUACUGAAGCAGACUUUGCCCUUUUACCUCAACCAAGCACAGAGCAACGUGACUACGGUGUUCAACUUUAUUGUGAAACUGUGGAAGUAUUGUCUAGAUUAUUGUAAGGAGAACCAGGGUAUGUCCAAGAUACAGCACAACUACAGUAAUUCAGCCCCCCUAACAGCCCGGAAGACUUUGUCUUUGACAAACUACCCUUCUCCUUGUAGUCCUCUCCUGACAAAAUGCAUAUAUACUCACAGAGGACAAGACACAGACCAUUAUUGAUAAAAAGGGAAGUCCUUAAUUGAGAUUAAUUUACUGUAACAAUUUAGCCUUUAUUUUGCUUUACUACACUACUUGUAUUAUGCAACAAAAAAGAAAGAUAAUAAAGUGUCAAGACAAGAUUUUUAUGGGGGAAUUCAGGCACCACAACAACAAUUACAGGGAGAACAGAAAAGUACAGAAGGUAAUUUAAAGAUAUAACAAACAAAAUAAAAUCAUGUAAUUAUAGGUCAUAUUAUAUAUAUAUAUAUAUA